AUGAGUGAAAAAAAAGUGCACAUUACGGCGUCGGGCAAUGUGAUACGGAGCGACCGCCCAAGUCAUUUGGAGCCGCCUGAGCAAAUCAUUGUUGUUAUGCGUCAUGGAGAGCGCCGCGAUGGGGCCGUUGGAAGUCCGCCGGAGGUUGAUCCGCCGCUGACGGAGAAUGGCAUUGUACAGAUUGCGGAAGUUGCUAAAAAACUUCAGGCCUUGUUGGGGGUAAAACGGGCAAGAAAAUUGCUUCUUAUUGUCUCGCCAUUUUUGCGGACUCUUCAAACCGCCCAAGAACUCCAGAGGUGUGCCAUUGGUGAGUUGCAUCAUCAAAUCAUUGACAACACCCUUUGUGAGGUAUACGGACCAGUGAGGAUAAAGAGCAGCACGGCCCCAUUGUUGUCGGAUGUGAUCGUGAAGAAUGGCUUGGGUGAGUUGCCGCUGUGGGGGGAAACCAUUGAACUGGCAUCAAAAAGGUAUGUCAAUUGUUUUUUUCGUAAUUGUCACCGUUACUCAGACAAGAACUUGUUGCUGGUAACCCAUGGAGAUGCCAUUAGUGCCAUUAUGGCUGCCUUAUAUCCAUUGCGCACAGUGUACGAGACGGAGUACCUUUCCUUUAUUGUUUUUCAAAGAGACUCAAAAAGUGUCUCUCGCGGUGACUUGGAGUCGUGUCAGUUAAUAACUUCUAGUGGAGUACAGUGGCUUGUAGACGGUCCUGAAACUUCUUUGGCGGAGACGAAUACAUUGGAAGCAGAUGGCUUCUCGGGUAGUGGCCUACUUGUUCGAAACUCUAAGCCGCCUCCAAAUGCGGGCAUGUGUGGUUAUGGAUGCGUAGAUUCCAAUGUUGGUGCGAUUGACGGAGAGUGGAUGGCAAUUAAUGAUACUCAUGGGACAAAUAGGCAUGAAUUAGCGAGCGUUUCCCUUAUUUUUCGUUGUAUGGUGAUUGUUUCUCAGUGGGCAACGAUUUAUUUAUGGUCUAAUAAAGGCAACGCUGCGAUAUAUAUGAUUAUGGUGAUAGCUUUUGAGUUGGUUUCGGUGCUUCUCCAUUUCAAUAAUUUGAAUCGCUUGCGAUUGGGUGCGUCGCUUAGCCGUGUGGAGCUUUUUCAUAGACUCACGAGAAACCAGUUUGCAUGUGUUUUUUGUGGGUUAAGUCCCCCUUUUCAAAGAUGCACUUUUUCCCUGUGUAUAUCUCUUUUAAAGGGACUUGGCAUAUUUGUAUUGUGCAUGGCAGCCGCGUUCAUUGCAAGCUUAUUUCAAAACUCGGGUUUUAUUAGCAUGCGGCACUCUUACGCAGAAAUUUUUAAAUCGGUGGCAAAGGUUUCUGUGUUUGCUUUAUUUUUCUUGAUAGAUACAUGCCGAAGAUUGAGCGAUUUGGAGCAUUAG